CGACAGCCAAUGGGGGCGCGGGCGGCAAGCCCGGCUCUGGCAGGCUGCGCGAGGGAGCGGCCGCGCCUCACUCGCCGCUCUGCUCGCUCCGGCCCGGCCCGCCCCGCCUGAGCGCCGGUUACCGCCAUUCUCUCGGCAGAGCUACAACUGACUGCUUGCCAUUGCGGUAGUGUAAUGUCUGUUAGGAGCUAGCAGCAUUGAAAUGAAUCUGUCUCUCAGUGUGUCCUAACCUAUUCAAGAUCCCAGCAGCAGUGAGCUUGCAGGACAGAAGAUCUCUGUGUGACAACUAGAUCUCAAGUCUGCUGUUGAAGGAAGACAGCUGUUCAGCUUACCCCUUGGGAAGGGGAUAAAGAGAUUGGCCCAAGAUUCCAAAGGAAGUGCCUGCAGAGGCUAGCUGAUAUUCACCCACAGGUGAUCUUGGAAAAUUGCUGAGGACAGGACACAAGUUGAUGUGAGGAAUCCUUUAAGACAUUUGCAGUUCCAAAGGACCACAGCUGUCAGUUGCAGUUGCAGAAAAUUAGCUCCUUUUGAAUGUCUGACUGCUACUACCAGUUUGGCUUCCAAGGUGUGCCAUUCAUUUAAAGCAAUUGAAGCACAGGAUUUCUUGUUCAGGCCUUAACUGUUGUAAACUGUUGUGGUUAGAGGAGAUACCUUAAUUAACAUACCAGACGCUCAGACUGAAGUGCAAGCGUAGCCUGUAAGGAAGAGAAUUCUCUCUGAAAAUGGCAGAAGCUCAUCAAGCAGUAGCUUUUCAAUUUACAGUAACUCCAGAUGGGAUUGACCUGCGAAUGAGCCAUGAGGCACUCAAACAAAUUUACUUAUCUGGUGUCCAUUCAUGGAAGAAAAAGUUCAUCAGAUUCAAGAAUGGAAUUAUCACUGGCGUUUAUCCUGCUAGCCCAUCUAGCUGGCUUAUUGUAGUUGUGGGUGUGAUGUCAACAAUGUAUGCCAAAAUUGAUCCUUCUUUAGGAAUAAUAGCUAAAAUCAACCGAACACUUGAUACAACCGGCUAUAUGUCAAACCAAACACAGAACAUUGUGAGCGGAGUACUUUUUGGCACAGGGCUUUGGGUUGCCCUUAUUGUCACGAUGCGCUACUCUCUAAAAAUGUUGCUUUCCUAUCACGGUUGGAUGUUUGCUGAACAUGGCAAACUUUCUGCAGGCACCAAGUUUUGGAUGGCACUUGUAAAACUCUUCUCAGGACGUAAACCCAUGUUGUACAGUUUCCAGACAUCUUUACCACGAUUGCCAGUUCCAGCUGUUAAUGACACAGUCAAUAGGUAUCUGGAAUCAGUUCGGCCACUUAUGGAUGAUGAAGAGUUCAGAAGAAUGGAGGGUCUUGCCAAAGAUUUUGCAUUUAAUUUGGGACCAAGGCUUCAGUGGUAUUUGAAGCUAAAAUCCUGGUGGGCCACAAACUAUGUUAGUGAUUGGUGGGAAGAAUAUAUCUACCUUAGAGGACGUGGACCAAUUAUGGUUAAUAGUAACUAUUUUGCAAUGGACUUCCUUUAUUUAUCUCCCACAACCCUGCAAGCAGCUAGAGCUGGUAAUGUUAUCCAUGCCAUCCUUCUCUAUCGGAAAAAACUGGACAGGCAAGAAAUCAAGCCAAUUCUUCUGAUGGGAUCUACUGUUCCACUCUGCUCAGCUCAGUGGGAACGGAUGUUUAAUACCUCGCGUAUCCCAGGAGUGGAAUCAGAUGUUCUCCAGCAUGUGAAAGACAGCAAACACAUUGUUGUGUAUCAUAAGGGCCGUUACUUCAAAGUGUGGCUGUACCACGAUGGUAGACUGUUGAAACCCCGAGAAAUUGAACAGCAGAUUCAAAGAAUUCUUAAUGAUGAUUCAGAACCUCAGGCUGGUGAAGAGAAACUAGCAGCUCUUACUGCAGGAGAUAGAGUGCCAUGGGCUAAAGCUCGACAGGCUUAUUUUAGCCGUGGAAAGAACAAGCAGUCCUUAGAUGCUGUUGAGAAAGCAGCAUUUUUUGUGACAUUGGAUGACAUUGAGCAAGGGUACAGGAAAGACGAUCCGGUCAAGUCACUGGAUGCAUAUGCAAAAUCCUUAAUACAUGGCAGAUGUUAUGACAGGUGGUUUGACAAAACAUUCACUCUGAUAGUAUUCAAAAAUGGCAGAAUAGGUCUGAAUGCAGAACAUUCUUGGGCAGAUGCUCCUAUUGUUGGACACCUGUGGGAGAAUGUCAUGGCAACUGAGUACCUUGAACUGGGCUAUUCGGAAGAUGGGCAUUGCAAAGGAGAUAUCAAUCAAAAUAUUCCUAUUCCUACCAAACUACAGUGGGAAAUCCCAGCAGAAUGUCAAGAAGUGAUUGAGAGGUCUCUGAGCACUGCCAUAGCUUUAGCAGAUGAUGUGGACUUCUACUCAUUUUUCUUUGAUGCUUUUGGGAAGGGAUUGAUAAAGAAAGCAAAAACCAGCCCUGAUGCCUUCGUGCAGCUCGCCCUGCAGCUUGCUCACUAUCGGGACAUGGGAAAAUUUUCUUUAACAUAUGAAGCCUCUAUGACACGCUUGUUCAGAGAAGGCAGGACUGAAACUGUUCGUUCGUGUACUGUUGAAUCAUGUAAUUUUGUUCGAACCAUGGAAGACCCAACCGAAAGUAGUGAAAAUAAGCUGAAGUUCUUUCGAAUUGCUGCUGCCAAACAUCAGCACUUGUAUCGUCUUGCCAUGACUGGUGCUGGCAUUGACCGCCAUCUGUUCUGCCUUUAUGUUGUGUCCAAGUACCUUGCUGUAGAUUCUCCUUUCCUAAAGGAAGUUUUGUCAGAGCCUUGGAGGCUGUCAACGAGUCAAACACCACAGCAACAUAUUGAUCUAAAGAAGAACCCUGAGAUGUUAUCCUGUGGUGGAGGGUUUGGACCGGUGGCUGAUGAUGGUUAUGGUGUUUCUUAUAUUAUCUUGGAUGAAAAUUCCAUUCAUUUCCAUGUCUCCAGCAAAAUAUCUUGUUCUGAGACGGAUUCUCAUCGUUUUGGAAAAAACAUCCAAAAAGCAAUGGUUGACAUCAUGGGUUUAUUUAACCUUAGUAAAAACUGUACCAAGUAAAUUGCCUUAUUGGUACCAAGCAAUCUCCUGUUGUCGGGAUGAGAACUCUUCUGCACAGUGAAUGAGAGCAAGGUUUGUCAAACAGUAGCUGGCGAAGAAAUUAAGUCAACAUCAUCUUGAUCACCUAUGAAAACCUUAGCAGUGUAUUGAAUGUUUCAUACUUUUUUCAGUAGUUUUAAAGAGUUCAUUUCCACAAAGGAUGACUUGGAAUCUUGUAUGUUUUUAGGGAUGAAGUAUAGUAUCAUUGCAUGAAGCCAUGUAUAUUGUAACUCCUGCAGUUUUCUCUUAAUUUGUAUAUGCUUGCUCUUUUUUUACUUAAAAUUAGUCUACUUGUAUUCCAGAAUCAAAGGGAUAAAGCACACAGUCUUUAAACUCAAAUACUAGAGAAAGUUCAAUUUGCUAUGUAUUAAUAGCAGAAUCUUCUUCAAUGUAUCUGCUGCUUUAUGUCAAUGAAUGACAAAACUUGUAGCUGUUAUACCUUCAUCGCUUCUUUUGGCUUUUUAAAAGGUAAUUGCUGUAAAACAUAAAAAAACCCCAAUAAUUCCCUGAUAUAACACACUGUAACAUAUCAAAUAGUGGAAUAUUUUUUU